GUCAAACCCGAAUGGCCUUGGUUUGGCCUUUUUUUGCCUACUUCUCACUGAAACUCAUUUAGGGUUGUCACUUUUUGAUUGGUCACGUUUGUUGAUGAGUGCGGGUUAGUUGAAGUGUAUUAAUUGGUGUUUCACUGGAGGACUGUUUAAUGCCGAGUAGGCAAGCCGAGGAACAGCCAUUGCAGCUAAAGAAGAUUAGGCGAUCCCUUGAUUCAAUGAAGACAAUGAACGAUAACUUACUCAAGCAAGAGGAAAGAAAAGUGAAGAAGUGGCUCAAGAAACACGCCCAGGUUUCACCUUCAGGGUCAUAUAAAUCAUUAUGCAAGCCAUUAUCCAGUUAUCCUGAGUCGAGUCAAGACACAGACACACGGCCAGUCUCUGGGAAAGAGUCUCUCGAGAUCCCGUGGAGCCAGUUUGGGGACCAUUUGUCCAACUUCGUGAGCUUCCUGCGGCUACCGACAAAAAGACCAAAUGAUGACCGGAAACACUCUAAGGACCUCACGCCCUUCAGCCGAACUGACAUGCCCUUGCAUACUCUAGCAGGCCCAAAUGCCAACAGUUCCAGAAACAGCAGCUACAAUGUGUUCCCACCAAACCGGGACUCACGGAAGGGCAGCCACUCCCGGCAGCCCAGCUUGGAUAACACGACCUCCCUCCAAGAAGCUGUGGCUCUCUUCCCUUCCUUGCAAAGGCUGUCGACAAAAAUAGAAAGGCUCUCGCUCUCCAAGCUCCAGCUCCACAGCCCAGUCUCCGGGUUCCCCACGCUGCAGAAAAAACUCAAGGGCAUGAUCGAAAAGGCGAAGGAGGAGGAUAAGCUGAGGUCACUGGAGCCACUGCCUCAGAUCAAACCGGAAGAAAUUCUGAGCUGCAGGUAUCUCCGUUUGUCCCAGAGCAAUAUCAGCACCUUGCUGGAGCUAUGUAAGGAAUCCGGCAUUUACAUAGACUUACAUCCCCAUAUGAAAGAAUCGGACAUUGAUGCUAGCACUAUUCUCUCCUCCUCCCCCAGCAAGACAACUUAGAUGAUGUGUGUCAUCCCAAUUCAGCUGCCUUUGGAUGACACAUUGUUUAGAAAACAACCCAUCGGGUGCACCUCUGCUUGGAAGAGUUGAUCACUCCUAGAGUGACUUCACAGAAGGAUUGCAAUGCAAUGAUAUAAUGAAUCUUGUACUUGCUGUGAGUAAAACUGUGUGUUGAAAUGCUCUUUGGUAGUGGUCAUUACAGAAAAUGGGGAACGAGCCGUUUCUGAGCAGAAAUGUCUAAAUUGUCAGAUGAUAUGGUGCAUUUGCUCAGGUUGCCUUGAAAUGCUAUCAACAUAAAAUGAUAAUAUUUAUUAUAUCCAUAUAAAAAUGGAUUGGACCAGAGGUCCACCAAGUCCUCUGUACAGGGUGGA